AAGUGCUUUUUUUCGGUGGCCGCGCUCGGGUUGCUCCGGGAUCCGCCGGGCAGAGAGGCUGCAGGCUGGGCUGGGGCUGCCCUCCGACCGAAGAGACAAACUUCAGCGGCGCGGCUGCGGACGCGUCGGACUCUCACUGUGCGGACGCUUUGGGCGGGGUUGGUCCCCCGUUUGCUCCCUCUGGGGUUCUUGAGGGUCCCCCCACUUUUUUUCUUUUUCUUUUCUUUUUGGCAGCCCUGCCCAGCGCCACGAAGAAGCCACAGGCGGGCGGAAUCCGGACCCCAUCGCUCCUUCCCAUCUUUCUCCCCCGUUUCUUCCAACAUGGGCAUCGCCGCUUUGCUUCCCCCGCCAAGUCCCAGCUGGGAUGCCCUAAGGAUGCUCUGGCCAGCUUGGGGCUUCUUCAUCCUCUUCUUCCUCCUGCCCGCUUCGGCCGGAGCCAACGAAUACGACUACGUCAGCUUCCAGUCGGACAUCAGCUCCUACCAAAGCGGACGCUUCUACACCAAGCCCCCGCAGUGCGUGGCCAUCCCGGCGGACCUGCGGCUCUGCCACAGCGUGGGCUACGAUAAGAUGGUCUUGCCCAACCUCCUGGACCACGAGACCAUGGCCGAGGUCAAGCAGCAAGCCAGCAGCUGGGUGCCCUUGCUCAAUAAGAACUGCCACUUCGGCACCCAGCUCUUCCUCUGCUCCCUCUUCGCCCCCAUCUGCUUGGACCGGCCCAUCUACCCUUGCCGGUGGCUCUGCGAGGCCGUGCGCGACUCCUGCGAGCCCGUCAUGCAGUUCUUUGGAUUCUACUGGCCCGAGAUGCUCAAGUGCGACCAGUUUCCCCAGGAUGAUGUCUGCAUCGCCAUGACCGCCCCCAACGCUACCGAGGCUUCCAAGCCCCAAGGCACUGCUGUGUGUCCUCCUUGCGACAAUGAAAUGAAAUCGGAGGCCAUCCUGGAGCACUUGUGCGCCAGUGAGUUUGCCCUGAAGAUGAAAAUAAAGGAGGUGAAGAAAGAAAACAGGGACAAGAAGAUCAUCCCCAGGAAGAAGAAGGCUUUGAAACUGGGCACCAUCAAGAAGAAAGAACUGAAGAAACUCGUCUUGUACCUCAAGAAUGGGGCAGACUGUCCUUGCCACCAGCUGGACAACCUCAGCCACCAGUUUCUCAUCAUGGGCCGCAAGGUGAAAACCCAGUACCUGCUGACGGCCAUCCACAAGUGGGAUAAAAAGAACAAAGAAUUCAAAAAGUUCAUGAAGAAGAUGAAGACUCCAGAAUGUUCCACGUUCCAGUCCGUCUUCAAAUGAUCGGCUGGGGCUGGAGGAAAAGGGGACACGUUUUCAUUUUAUUUUUCAUUAAUAAAAUUUUAAUUUUUUUUAAUAUUAUAUAUAUAUAUAUAUAUAUAUAUAUAUAUAACAAAUAUAUAUAUAUAUAUAUAUAUAAAACAGGCCCUGAACUUGCACACAGACUGAUUGGGUAGUUCACGUAACAUUUUGGCUUCUUCAAACCUUUGCGGAUACUGAUUUUUCGGCCUUCUUUUCCAAUUUGUGCCUUUAGAGUUUUCUCGCGUUCUUCUUGCCUGUUUCUCUCUACCCCCCCCACCCCCGAUCCCCAGUUCAAGGGCACCCACCAGGGAAGGAAGAGGGUGGGCAAAGAAGUCAAGAUGGCGUCUGUGAUCAUGUGAUCAAAGUCCACCUCUUUUCGGACGUACAUUGUGUGACGUUAAAAAAAAGUGGGGGUAGGGCCAGUGGUGAAGUUCCUUUUUUCCCCCUGCCGGUUCUGUGGGCGUGGCUUGGUGGGUGUGGCUUGGUGGGGGGGACAUGUGACUGGGUGGGCAUGGCCAACUUUUUUUAAAAAAAUCUUUUUAAAGCAUUUUUUUUAACUAAAAAAAAAGUUUUUUAAAAAAAUUCCAAUGAUCGGCUGUGACAAUCAGCUGUGCUGCGCGAUCGUCGGAACCUUUUUUUUUUUUUUUUAAAAAAACAACUUUUUAAAGCAUUUUUUUUUUUACUACCCGCUCGGGCGAAUAGGUAGUUUAAAAAAUGCUUUUAAAAAGUUUAAAAAAAUGGUUCCAACGAUCGCGCGGCACAGCUGAUUGUCGGAACCUUUUUUUUUUCUUUUUUUUUACUUUUUUAAAGCAUUUUUUUUUACUACCUACUCACCCGAACUGGGAGCAUUUCACCCCUGGAUAGGGCUUCACUCAUGUAGUUGCCACUGCUAUUUUUUGAUUUCCCCGCAUCCAGUGGUGGGAUUCAAAUAAUUUAACAACUGGUUCUCUGCCCUAAUGAUUUCUUCCAACAACCAGUUUACCAAACUGCUCAGAAAGUUAACAACCGGUUCUCCCGACGUGGUGCGAACUGGCUGAAUCCCACCACUGCCCGCACCCCUCCUCAAUGCUUCUGUCCUAGUUAUAUCCUCAUUAGGGAAUGUUCAAAAUAUGCAAAUAUAUUUAUAUCCUUUUUUUGUGGGGGGUUGUUCCCAGAUCUCUCUACAACCAAUUAGAAAACUCAGCCAUGUGCAGCACAGCUAUUGUAGCUUUCUGUUUUUAUAUAUAAAUAUAUAUAUAUAUAUAUAUAUAAACCUGACUUUUUUUUAAAAAAAUAGUAUAUAUCACUUUUCACCUGUUUUUUCCCCCCCUUCUUCUUAAGGGACCAUUCCCCAACUUCUGAUUCAUCCCUUUUUCCUGGAUUAGUUCAUUGUAGAUGGUCCAUCUUUGUCAGGAAACAUGUGAUAAAAGGCAUGAUGAUGUGAACAAUGCUACGUAGCCUGUUGGAUUCGGUUAUGUAAUGAUGCCGCUGUGUUACAAUGAUACAAAAGACAAUGUACAGUAAAUCUUAUUUGACUGGUAUUUUUUGCAAGAAUUGCCAAAAAGUCUACACCGUAGAAACGAAAAGAAAUCCUUAGAUUGUUUCAACUCGGCUCUAAAGGAUUCAGCAAGAAAAUUAUAAAGUGUUAAUACCACUUUAUAAUGCCUUGGUAAGGCCACACUUGGACUAUUGCAUUCAGUUUUGGUCGCCAUGAUGUAAAAAAGAUGUUGAGACUCUAGAAAAAGUGCAGAGAAGAGCAACAAAGAUGAUUAGGGGACUGGAGGCUAAACAUAUGAAGAACAAUUGCAGGAAUUGGGUAUUUCUAGUUUAAUGAAAAGAAGGACUAGGGGAGACAUGAUAGCAGUCUUCCAAUAUAUCUCAGGGGCUGCCCCAAAGAAGAGGGAGUCAAGCUAUUCUCCAAAGCACCUGAGGGUAGAACAAGAAGCAAUGGAUGGAAACUAAUCAAGGAGAGAAGCAACCUGGAAUUAAGGAGGAAUUUCCUGGCAGUUAGAACAAAAAACCAGUGGAACAACUUGCUUCCAGAAGUUGUAAAUGCUCCAACACUGGAAGUUUUUAAGAAAAUGUUGGAUAACUGUUUGUCUGAAGUGGUGUAGGGUUUUCUGCCUGGGCAGGGGGUUGGACUAGAAGACCUCCAAGGUCCCUUCCAACUCUGUUAUUAUUAUUAUAAUUACUAGGACUACCGAAGUAUUCAUUUAUAUAAUACUAGUGGGUUUUAUCCCAAGGAAGGUGGGUUUUUUUUUUUUUAGAUGAAUGGUAUUUUUGCCUAUUGAGCAGAAAUUGCUAACACAAACCUGUAGGCAGAACCUCUUGAAAAUUUGUAGAGAUCUGGAGAUAGAUCAUUGAAUCCCUAAUUCUUCUUUCUGCACCCCCAAAUAAGGGAAGGGGAGAGAGAGAGAGAAAAUUGAGAGGAGCAUUCAGUUUCUUCAAUAACCCAGUAAACAAAAGAGGAAAGAGUCAUAAAAGGAUAGUUCAUGGCACUCGUGAAAUGUAAAAUUUGUUACUACUGGUUCUGUGGGUGUGGCUUGGGGGGGUUAAUGUGACUGGGUGGGUGUGGCCAACUUUUUUUUUUACUUUUAAAAGCAUUUUUUCUACAACCUCUUCGACCGAAGAGAAGACCGUAGAAAAAAUGCUUUUAAAAGGCUCCUCUGACAAUCCCAGCUGAGCCGUGCGAUCAUCAGAGGCUUUUUUUUUUACUUUUAAAAGCAUUUUUUCAGCCAAAGAAAAAAUGCUUUUAAAAGUUAAAAAAAAAACCCUCUGAUGAUCGUGCGGCUCAGCUGGGCAUGUGGGUGGGGCAGGGAUUUUUGCUACCUGUUCUCCGAACCACCCGCCGCCAUCACUACUGGAUUGGGCGACCUGGUCCGAACUGGGAACAUUUCACCCCUGGUUCACGGGAUUGUAUUUCAACAGAUUAAUUUUAUUGCAGGGCAUUUAAAUUCAGAGAAACCUUUUUGCACAGGGAUCUCCUCCAGGGUCAGCUGCUCGGCCUAUGAACUCUCAAGAAAGUUGAUAUUUCAUUAGAGUUAGUUGAUAUUAUGACCAUGUGGGAUUUUUGCCUAUGUGAGAGAAGGAUCUAAGUGUAAAGUGACAGGUUGGUGUUUUUAGAUUCACUCUUCCUCUUCAACCCAUCCUAAACUGAACCCCUGGCUUCUCGCAUUUGUUUACAAUAUAUUUGUAUUGAUCUUUCAAGAACUGCAUUUUUGUUCUAAGAAACUUUUCCCCAAGUUGAUAACAGGUGAAUGAAUUCCAAAGGUCCUUCGAGACAAGAAGUAGCAGAAACUACUCAAAAUUAUGCACAGAAUCCUGGCAUCUGCAAAGCUGUCUUUUUGUCAGCUAUUUAUACCAAAGAAAAGGGAUGGAUGAAUCCAAGUUUUGAGGAAGGUCAGCUUAGAACGUUCCCCUAGAAAUAGGAUUUUGAAGGGAAGAUAUUGUGUUUCAAAAAAAAAAAAAGGAAUCCAAGAGCAUAUCAAAAGAUUAUUUACUCACAAAUAAUCUGUUUUGACCCAGGCCCAAGUAGGUAGUAGGAAACUCAGUCAGUGUAAAAACAAACUUUAUUAUAACAGCUAAGAAUUAACUCAUUCUCAGCGUAGUUCAACUAAAUUAAGGCAAAUUCCUCCCAACACAAUUUCUCAGUCCUACCACCAACCUUGGUCCAAUUAGGUAAACUGCCAAAGGCCUUUCCUGGCAAAAGUUCAGAAGACACCGAUACAAAACAAAUGCAGCAAGACAAAUCUAUCAAUGUUGUUUUCUGGCAAAGAGCCUAAGCACUGUUGCUGGUCUUUUAAACCUUAUGGGAGGGGCCAAUCAUCUCUUGGCCCUACUCCUGUGUCGUCCUCUUUGCUUUAGCUGCUCUUGCCUUCUGGCAGCUCUUCUCAUGCAUGCACUAGGAACAGGCUCCUCCUAUUCCUCUGCCUCACUGCUUUCAGCCUCUGGAGGCUUCGGAGUCCGCACAUCACUUCCCGAUGGCCCUGGCCCCACCUCAACCUCCAACGCAGAGCCAUCAUCUGGGCCUUCCUCAGCCUCCAGGACUGGCCCAUGUUCUUCCUCAGCCUCAUCGCUGUCCGACUCGGUUGCCAGCUCCGCAGGCUGCUGGCGGACCACAACAUAAUCCAUCUUGACUUCCAUAAUGGCUGGCCAAAAACUUUAGAAGCCUUAAUGAGGGACGUCCAAAAUAACAUCCUACUGAGAAUGUCAUUGAAAAGCUUGUUCUUUCAAUAAAAGAAAAUAAGCAAAAAAUAACAGGGUUGGAAAAGUCAUUGAAGGUUUUCUAGUCCAACCUGUUGCUCAAGUGGAGGCUGUAUACCAUUAUGGACAAAUGGUUGUCCAAUCUUUUCUUGAAAACCUCCAGUGAGGGAGUAAACCACAACUUCUGGAGACAAGCCAUCCUACUGAUAGUUCUCACCAUCAGGAAAUUUCCUCUUGGUUCUAGCUUGGAUCUCUCCUUGCUAAGUUUCCAUCUGGUACUUUUUUGUCCCACCCUCAGGUUCUUUAGAAAAUAAAUUAAAUCCCUUUUCUUUCGGACAGCCCCUCAAGUUCUAGAAGACUGCUAUCGUGUCACCGCUAGUCCUUCUUUUUGUUCAACUAGACAUACCUAGGUCCCUCAAUCGUUUAUAGUAUGGUUUAGCCUCCAGACCCCUAAUCAUCUUUAUUCCUCUUCUCUUCACUCUAAUAUUACCUAGAAGCAUUUUGAAUAGCACUCUUAUGAACAGCAUUUAAUCAUGGGAGGCUGGAAAAGGCACACCAUACUGUAUUAUCAGUCAGCAGCGGUACUGGCAACUCCAUUCCCUAACAGAUUAACAGAGUUGGAAGGGACUUUGCAAGUCAUCUAGUCCAACCCCCUGCCCAGGCAGGAAACCCUACACCAGUGGUUCCCAACCUUUUCUUGUUUGAGGCACAACCUUUUCUUGUUUGAGGCACCCUUGGAAAGCCUUUCAAAAGUUCCCGGCACCCUUAUAAGGAAAUAGAUAUUUAAAAUCUCUGUAGCUCAAAAGUUCCCGGCACCCUCAAAAGAUCUCACGGCACCCCUUAGUGCCGCGGCACACUGGUUGGGAACCACUGCCCUACACCAUUCCUGACAGAUGGCAGUCCAGUCUUUUCUUGAAAGCCUUCAGUGAUGAAGCUCCCACAACUUCUGAAGGCAGCUUCUGUUCCAUGGGUUGAUGGUUCUCACUGUCAGAAAAUGUCUCCUUAUUUCCAGGUUGAAUCUCUCCUUGAUCAGUUUCCAUCCAUUAUUCCUUGUCUGGCCUUUGGGGGCUUUGGAAAACAGAUUGACCCCCCUCCUCUCUGUGGCAGCCCCUCAAAUAUUGGAAUUCUGCCAUCAUGUCUCCCCAGGUCCUUCUCUUCACUAGACCAGCCAUGCCCAGUUCCUGCAACCGUUCAUGUUUUAGUCUCUAGUCCAGUGGUGGGUUUCAACAUUUUUUACUACCAGUUCUGUGGGUGUGGCUUGGUGGGUGUGGCUUGGUGGGCAUGGCAGGGGAAGGAUACUGUGAAAUCUCCAUUCCUAUCCCACUCCAGGGGAAGGAUAAUUUCUUCCCAAUCAGCUGGGACUCCGAAGGCAGAGAAGAGAUGGGGGCAAGGCCAGUCAGAAUUUUUACUACCGGUUCUCCAAACUACUCAAAAUUUCCGCUACCACUUUUCCAGAACUGGUCAGAACCUGCUGAAACCCACCUCUGCUCUAGUCCCCUAGAAAUGGGGGAGGAACGAUCCAUGGGCAGGGGUACCUGGUGACACUGAGACUUAAUUCUAUAGACCUCAGACUACUUUCACACAAGCAUUUGGCUAGUUUCUGUAAUUAAACUGGGUUUGGGGGCUGUGUGAGUUGAACAAGAAAAUGGAAGAGGUAGGAAAGACUUUGGGUGGUCAGGAAAAUAAAAGAUGGGCAAUCCCACCAUCUUUCUUCCUGCCCACUGCUUACCUAACCCCACCUAUAGAGUUACAUAACAUUUUUCAUGAAAAAUGUGGCCCUUGACAUAGGCUUACCCAACCUCAUCCUGGAUUGAAUGGGUUAGCAGCAGAAAUAUACCGUAAUUGCUUGUAUAAACUUUCACCUUUUGCAAGGUGAUCCAUCUGGCAUGACCGCCCUGCCCCCAGAAAUGGAACACGUUGUGUGCCAUAAUGUGGAAAAUGUAGGGAUCCCAAAAGGCAACCUCAAAAUUGGUAUUCCUCAGGUAUUCCUCAUACCUGGCAGUAUUUUCAUUUUUGCUACAAAUGCUGAUAUUUGGCCAUAAUUUGAUAGAACUACAAUGAGAUUUCACAUGGCUCAUGAUAGCCAUCUCUGUUCAAUCAUUUACUUACGAUGUAAAAUGUUGUGCCUAUCUAUCAUCUAUCUAUCUAUCUAUCUAUCUAUCUAUCUAUCUAUCUAUCUAUCUAUCUAUCUAUCUAUCUAUCUAUCUAUCUAUCAUCUCUCUCUAUCUCUCUAUAAAGGACACAGUGGCUCAGUGGCUAAGAUGCUGAGCUUGUCUAUUGAAAGUUCGGCAGUUUAACGGUUCGAAUCCCUAGUGCUGCCGUGUAACGGGGUGAGCUCCCGUUCCUUGUCCCAGCUUCUGCCAACCUAGCAGUUCAAAAGCACCUAAAAAAUGCAAGUAGAAAAAUAGGGACCACCUUUGGUGGGAAGGGAACAGCGUUCCAUGCGCCUUUGGCAUUUAGUCAUGCCGGCCACAUGACCACCGAGGCGUCUUCAGACAGCUCUGGCUCUUCGGCUUUCAAAUGGAGAUGGGCACUGCCCCCUAGAGUCGGGAAUGACGAGCACAUUACCUUUACCUUUUACUAUCCUUCAGCCUUACAUGGAGUUAGAUUAUAGAAAGGAACAAGAUCCUUAGUCCUUUCCGUGAAUGACUCUAUCUGGAUUUUGUAUUUGGUAGCUUUCUUUUUUGCUUGUUUUCUUGGUAUCUCCAUCUCCCUUGUUUCCAUGUGCCUCUUUCUUAGCGGAUAAUUUGUGGGUAAAUGUGAGAUGAUAAAUCUUGAGAGGUGCGAGUGGACUGCAGUUUGUGCCUUUAAGAAGUUCUGUUCUCUUCUGUUUCCAUAUUUCUGCCCUUUUCUCUAAAGAUAGCCACACUGAAAAAGGAGGCGAAUAUAUCCUGAAGGAAUCUUGCAUUCGUUUUAGACCAUUCUGCUGUCUUUGCACGAAGUUCUAAAAUAACCAGUGGUGAGGUUUUCAAAUUCUAUUGCAGUAAAUUAAUCCUCUGCAGAAGGCCAAUGAUGGAAAAAAAUAUAAUAACAAAACAACAACAACAACCUGGUUGAUACUUAGGAUGCUGGCAGCAACCUGUAUCAACCAUCAGCACCAGUCAAUGAUAUUUGUGAUACAUUUUUAAAUGUUCAGUUGACUUGAGUUUCAUGUUCAAUGAAUAAAAGAGAUAACAACAACAACAACAACAACAACAACUUUGUUUUCCAAUUUCAUUUUGAAAUACUGUCAGGUGCUAUCCAUCAUGGAUAGUGGGGAACAACAGGAAGUUGGCUCAUAACUGUAAGCUGAGAAAGCGAUGAGUCUAAAGCCAACAUAACAAUUUUUUGAAUUAUGUUUUGCUGCCAGAUCCUUACUUUUGCCGUUUUCUGACUCCCUGCCAAUGUCGUGUUUCCCAGACAAUGACUUCCGCUCUUUCCCCCCAGAAGGACACAAAAUUCCUUGUUUUUCCAAAUAAGCCACGAUGUAGAAAAGUUAGUGCAGAUGUUUCCGGCUUCAUCAAUGCGUUUCCAUCUUAUAACUUCGCAUCUUUGCUUGUGCUUUCCCUCUUAAAUGUUGAGAUUAUAAAACUUCCCGUUCUCAAAAGUUCUUCUUUUUUGAUGCUGCUGCAAUGAAGCUUAUUUCCCGAUCGAUGGCCCAUUUUUAUAAAAUUAAGAACUUUUCCUAAUUCUUGCUUUCUUUUAAGAAAGUUUAUUACUAGUCUUGUGCAUAGUAGAUUCACACAACUGCUAGACUAGACUACAAUGGAGUUAGGUAGUAGUUGACCUUACUUAUGGGAAUCUACCAUUGUUAGCGCUCCCUUAAGGUUUCUCAGACCAUCUCAACGUGCCAAAUAAUGGUUUCUUUGGGUAUUAACGUAUUAAGGAUACACAACCAAUGUGAUUUGUUAACCAGAUAAAGGUUUAGUGUGUUGAAUGGAUGAUAUGGGUUAGAGAGUUGAAUUUGUUUCAGGUCCAGUGGGAAUGGCCUGUUUUAUUGGACAAAUCAACCAUCUCCAUGUUGUCACAUGUAGGUUGGAUUCAUACAACAUGCAGUUCCCUAAUCUGUCUGUGGCUCAGACAAAUGGUUAUCCAACAUCUUCUUAAAACCUUCCAGUGUUGGAGCAUUCACAACUUCUGGAGGCAAGCGGUUCCACUGGUUAAUUGUUCUCACUGUCAGGAAAUUUCUCCUUAGUUGCUUCUCUCCUUGAUGAAUUUCCACCCGUUGCUUCUUGUCCUGCCCUCAGGUGCUUUGGAGAAUAGCUUGACUUUCCUCUUCUUCUUUUUUUUUAAUUUGAAUUUAUAUCCCGCCCUUCUCUGAAGACUCAGGGCGGCUUAUACUGUGUUAAGCAAUAGUCUUCAUCCAUUUGUAUAUUAUAUACAAAGUCAACUUUUUUUAUUGCCCCCAACAAUCUGGGUCCUCAUUUUAUCUACCUUAUAAAGGAUGGGGCAGCCCUUGAGAUAUUGGAAGACUGCUAUCAUGUCUCCCUUGGUCCUUCUUGUUAAACGAGACUCAUCUCAGAAAGUCCUUCCAAGUAAAAAUGAAUGGGACUACAGCCUUAAGGACUCCAAUUUUCAUAAGAGAUGCCACUGAUGAGGAAUCUGCUUCUGGGAUGCCACCCCUGCCCUCCUUCCUUUCCCUGUAGUACAAAUAUUGAGAGGUCCAAGUUUCCAGUUUACCUGAAAGAUAUGUAAUCUCUGGCUCCCAGCACUGACUAUCAAAUGACCUUCAGAAGAAGAAAAACAUACAUACAGGCGGCAAUCUCAUUUCUCCCAGCAAGCCACACAACAACUCCAGCAUGGUCAGUUCUGAUGGCCUCCCCUUCUUCCAACUGACUCCUUCUGGUUAAUAUCUAUUAGGGGCUAGGGAUCUGAUUCAAAUCAUGGAUCCAGUCAAGAAUGCUGAUGAGAUCUCAUGCCAUCAUUUCAGCAAAUGUUCCACACAAAGGGUUGGUUUUCCCUGCCCCUAUUCUUCUUUUUUUAAUAAAUAAUUUUUAUUGUAGUAUUUCUUUUCCAUAACUCUAAUACAUAGUCGAACAGACAGUGUCAUUUUUAUAUACUUUGGAUUAACAGUUCAAGUAAACUCUACAUUAUAUACAUCUAUAUACAUCCUCAACUUCCUUAUGAAUGUUACCUAUUUUUAUUUCUGUUGUCUAUCCACCUAUACAAUUUCUCCCCAAACCGCAUAAUAUUCCAAAUCAUCUUUUUCUUUUAAUUCUAAAGUUAGUUUAUUCAUUUCGGCACAUUCAAAUAUUUUCUGGAUAAUCAAUCCCUCGGGGGGCAGGGGGUAAGUUAUGUUCUUUCCAAUAUUGUGCCAACGCAAUUCUUGCUGCUGUUAAAAUAUGUAGAAUCAGAUAUCUUUUUUUAAAAGUCAAAUUUAGUUUUUAAUAUUCCCAGGAGAAAUGUUUCCGGAUUUAACUCAAUUUGGCAAUUUAUUAAAUCUUGUAGCCAACCUUGUAUUUUGGUCCAAUACUUUUUCGCUUCGGGGCAUAACCACCAGACAUGAAAGAAAGUACCUUGCCUGCCCCUAUUCUUUGACCAAGCCGUUCUUCCUGAAUCAUUGCUUCCUGAUGAGAAACGUGGUUUUGUCUAAAAUAACUUUGCCUCCCAGGAUGGAUCUCUAGUUUCUCCUGAUCCCAGGCCACUUCUGGAGGGUCCCAACAACGAUACACAUUUGAAGAGACUGCCUGAACUCCAAGGCGAAUCUAUGGUUAUUUUUUUCCUGACUUCUGCAUGCCCAGAUGAAAUUCCGAUCCUCUUGGCUUCUAAGUAAUCAUCACCACAAUGUUUUUGACCCUUUCUUGUGGUGUGAUAGUAUGUUUUUGGGGUACACAAAGAGGGGUGAGAUAGAAGGAGGCUUGGCAUAUCGAAGCCAAAGCAGCCAGAUUGUCCUAAGAAAGGGUGUGUGUGACAUUUAAAGGGGCACAGGAAGAGGGCAUGAAUCAAAAGCUAGGCUUGACUCUAACUUGGCAUUCAAGGAAUCACACUUGUGUCUGCAGAAAUUCCAGGGGGGAAGGAGAAGUGAGUCAACUUAUAAAGGGGUAGAGUAUUCUUGCAAAAAAGGGAUGCGGUGGCUCAGAGGUUAGGACGUUGAGCUUGUCGAUUGAAAGGUCGGCAGCUUGGCGGUUCGAAUCCCUAGUGCUGCCGUGUAACGGGGUGAACUCCCAUUACUUGUCCCAGCUUCUGCCAACCUAGCAGUUUCGAAAGCACGUAAAAAAUGCAAGUAGAAAAAAUAGGGACCACCUUUGGUGGGAAGGGAACAGCGUUCCGUGCGCCUUUGGCAUUGAGUCAUGCCAGCCACAUGACCACGGAGACGUCUUCGGACAGCGCUGGCUCUUCGGCUUUGUAAUGGAGAUGAGCACUGCCCCCUAGAGUCGGCAACAACUAGCACGUAUGUGCGAGGGGAACCUUUACCUUUACCUUUAUUCUUGAUGCCCACGGCUUGUGAUUUGAUUCAUUGGUUCCCUUCUCCACCGUGUUAAUGAAAACAACUACUACACCAAUCAGAUAUCAACAGCAUGUUUAGCUGCCAAGAAAGCAAUAGAGAGUCUGGAUCAACUUCUUCUUAUACUGUGUCAACCCUGGGAAAUAAAUCUCCUGCUUUUCAUCUUCCAUAACAAGAAUGCAUAUUUGUACCGAAUUCAAACUGCUUAUCUGCCAUUUCUGCGUACAACUUUAGAGAGCGCAAGUAUGUGUGUUUGUUUUUCGAGCGCGUUUCCUCAAUUAUGUAUUCAUUUAACUAAAGUUACUGAAUUAACCAGUCCCUGGCCUGUAUGAAUUCUUUUUUUUUUUGAGGGGGGGAGUUGGAUGGCUUUGUUUGUUUUCCCUUCAGAGAAUGAAUGUUUUCUAUCUCGAGUUUGUUGUCUUUUGAACAACCUGCAUGGCCUUUUAAGAGGGAGUGAUUGAAUCAGCUGUUUAAAACUAAAUCUGGACAGCAACAGAGCCAAAUUGAAGAUUGUCAACUCCCUCCCACCAUAUAUAUAUAUAUAUAUAUAUAUAUAUAU